AUGAAAAUAAAUCCCAUAUCUGAUGGUUUCACUGAAAGCCCUUCUGAAGCGAGCACUGAUCCGUCUGUGGGUGUCUGUGUGUCUGCAGCGGUGUUGGAGGUGAAGGAGUCUCUCAGCUCUCUUUCUCUCUUCUGUACCGGUUCAUCUCCGGCCGAGCCUCUGGAUUCGCUCUCGGCUCAGAAUCUGGAUGAUCUGCUGGCUUCAUCUCCUGACACGCCGCCCACCGUCACACACAACAAGGGCUUCAACGACAGGUUAUUUUACAUCUACACCUCAGGAACGACGGGUUUACCUAAAGCUGCCAUCAUAGUUCACAGCAGGUACUAUCGCAUUGCUUCGUUUGGAUAUUACUCCUUCGGUCUGGGGCCAGAUGAUGUGGUUUACUGCUGCCUGCCGCUCUAUCACUCCGCAGGUAACAUCGUGGGUGUGGGUCAGUGUCUGCUGCACGGUCUGACGGUGGUGAUCCGCAGAAAGUUCUCCGCUAGCCGUUUCUGGGACGACUGUGUGAAAUACAACUGCACGGUGGUCCAGUACAUCGGUGAAAUCUGUCGAUAUCUAUUAUCUCAGCCGGUCCGUCCGUCCGAGUCUCGUCACCAGGUGCGUGUUGCUAUAGGCAACGGUCUGCGGCCCAACGUCUGGGAAGAUUUUAUGAAACGUUUCAACAUCAAGCGCAUCGGUGAGUUUUACGGAGCCACUGAGUGCAACUGCAGCCUCGCCAACAUGGACAACAAGGUGGGGGCGUGCGGCUUCAACAGUGUGAUUCUGCCCAGUGUUUAUCCCAUCAGACUGCUGAGAGCAGACGAGGACUCAAUGGAGUUAAUACGAAACAGUCGAGGACUGUGUGUCCCAUGCAAACCUGGAGAACCAGGGAUUAUCGUUGGCCGAAUCAAUCCACAUGAUCCGUUACGUCGUUUUGAUGGCUACGCGAAUCAAGAGGCCACCAAUAAAAAGAUCUCUCACAAUGUCUUCAAACAGGGAGACUCUGCGUAUGUGUCAGGUGAUUUGAUGGUGAUGGAUGAGCUGGGUUACGUGUAUUUCCGGGACCGAGGUGGAGACACGUUCCGCUGGCGGGGGGAGAACGUCUCCACCACAGAGGUGGAAGGAAUCCUGAGCGCUCUGCUGAAUCAGACGGAUGUGGCCGUCUACGGCGUCUCAGUGCCAGGUGAGUCUGCAGAUGCAGAAAUAAUAAACAGUAGAUGUUUUAUAUAAAGAAAAGAGCUGCAGAUGCUUUAUGUAUUGAGGUGGAUGAAGAGCUGAAGCUGUGGAUGUUUGUCGGGAAUGUGAAAU